AUGGCACCUAAAAUAGACCCAGCGAUUCUGGCAGCGCUGUCCCUCGACGCUGCGACCACGAGUAUUGUCUCGCAUGGCGGCUCAGGUUUCGCAUCUACAUUUAAAAUCACAAGCACGGUAGAAGGAAAAGAGAAACUCUUCUUCGUCAAACAAGGGAACGGGAAAGCAAGCGAAAUCAUGUUUACAGGAGAACAUGCCUCCCUAAACGCAAUCCACAACGCUGUACCUAGCUUAUGUCCCAAGAGCUACGCAAACGGCAAGCUCUCUACAGGCAAUGGCUCCUUCCUCGCUACCGAUUUCCUUGAUCUCUCCCAUUCUUCUACCUCCCCCUCCGCUGCCAGCCAUGGUGGCUCAAACAUGACACUUGCUCAAAAACUCGCAAAGCUGCAUUCUGCGCCCGCUCCUGUUCCCGAUGGGUAUGCGAGAGCAAUGUUUGGGUUCCCGGUCCCGACGUGUUGUGGGGAGACGGAGCAGGAUAAUGGGUUUAGGGAGAGGUGGGCAGAGUUUUAUGGGGAGUGUAGGUUGAGGGGGGUUGCGAGGAAGGCGGAGGGGAAACAGGGGGUGGAUGGGGAGGUGCAGAGGCUGGUGGAGGGGGUUGUGGGGGAGGUUGUGCCGAGGUUGCUUGGGGAGGGGUGGUUGAGGGAUGGGAGGACGGGAGGGGUGAUUGUACCUGUUGUGGUACAUGGGGAUUUGUGGAGUGGGAAUCAUGGACGAGGGUCCAUCGGAGGUGGCCCCGCAGAAGAGGUAGUCUUCGAUGCAAGUGCAGCAUGGGCACAUAGCGAGUUUGAGUUCGGGAUCAUGGGCAUGUUUGGAGGGUUUGGUGGAAGCUUCAACAAGGAAUAUUGGAAGUACAAGCCAAAAGAUGAGCCCGUCGAGGAAUGGGAGGACCGAGUCCAACUUUACGAACUAUAUCAUCACUUGAAUCACUAUGCCAUGUUCGGAGGCGGAUAUCGAGGUGGUGCUGUAAGAAUCAUGCAGAGAUUGAUUAAAAAGUAUGGAAGCAAUAGCUAA